UUCCCCCUGGCCUGGGGCUGGGUGGGGAGGGGAAGUUCCUCUUUCCUUCCCAAGCACCAGAGGAGGCCCCAGCUCCCAAGGGGCUAAGAAGCUGGAGCACUGGGGAGGAGGAAGAACUGAGCCAGACUUUGGCAAGACCCCCUCCCCCCACCAGGAAGCAUGAACAGGAAAGACAGCAAGAGGAAGUCCCACCAGGAAUGCCCAGCAAAGACAGGGGGGCGGGGCCGGCCCCGACAGGCCCGACGCCACAAGACGUGCCCCAGCCCCCGGGAAAUCAGCAAGGUCAUGGCUUCCAUGGCUCUGGGCAUGCUGAAUGAGGGCGGCUGCAGCGAAGAUGAGCUGCUGGAGAAAUGUAUUCAGUCCUUCGACUCAGCUGGCAGCCUGCGCCGUGGGGACCACGUUCUCAACAUGGUGCUGGCCACGCACAGCUGGGUGCUGCCUUCCGCCCACCUCGCUGCCCGCCUGCUGACCUUGUACCAGGAAGCCACAGGGGACACACAGGAGCUGAGGCGGCUGCAGAUCUGCCACCUGGUCAGGUACUGGCUGACCCAACACCCGGAGACAGUGCAUCAAGAGCCUCAGCUAGAAGAGGUUAUCGGGCGCUUCUGGGCCACUGUGGAGCAGGAGGGCAACUCUGCCCAGAGGAGCCUGGGAGACUCCUCCACCCUCCUGAGCCCCGGGGGCCCUGGCCCCCCGCCCCCUCUGAGCAGCCCAGGCCUCGGCAAAAAGCGCAAAGUGUCCUUGCUCUUCGACCACCUGGAGACGGAGGAGCUGGCUCAGCAUCUCACUUACCUGGAGUUUCGCUCCUUCCAGGCUAUCACGCCCCAGGAUCUGCGGGGCUACGUUUUGCAGGGCUCCGUGCGGGGCUGCCCGGCCCUGGAGGGAUCCGUAGGCCUCAGCAACAGCGUGUCCCGCUGGGUGCAGGUCAUGGUGCUGAGCCGUCCCGGGCCGGCACAGCGCGCGCAGGUGCUGGACAAGUUCAUCCACGUGGCACAGAGGCUCCACCAGCUACAGAAUUUCAACACACUGAUGGCGGUCACGGGGGGCCUGUGUCACAGUGCCAUCUCCAGACUCAAGGACUCCCAUGCUCAUCUGAGCCCUGACAGCACCAAGGCCCUGCUAGAACUGUCUGAGCUCCUCGCUGCCCACAACAACUACGCCCGUUACCGCCGCACCUGGGCUGACUGCACGGGCUUCCGGCUGCCAGUACUGGGCGUGCACCUCAAAGACCUGGUGUCCCUGCAUGAGGCACAGCCCGACAGGUUGCCAGACGGUCGCCUGCACCUCCCCAAACUCAACAACCUCUACCUGCGGCUGCAGGAGCUGGCAGCCCUCCAGAGGCAGCACCCCCCCUGCAGUGCCAAUGAGGACCUGCUGCAUCUGCUCACGCUUUCCCUGGAUCUCUUCUACACGGAGGACGAGAUCUAUGAGCUUUCUUACGCCCGGGAGCCCCGCUGCCCCAAGAGUCUGCCACCCUCCCCCUUCAAAGCGCCCCUGGUGGUGGAGUGGGCCCCUGGCGUGACACCCAAGCCUGACAGGGUCACCCUGGGUCAGCACGUGGAGCAGCUGGUGGAGUCUGUGUUCAAGAAUUAUGACCCUGAAGGCCGAGGAACCAUCUCUCAGGAGGACUUUGAGCGAUUCUCAGGCAACUUCCCCUUCGCCUGCCAUGGGCUUCACCCACCGCCCCGCCCGGGGAAUGGCUCCUUCACCCGAGAAGAGCUGACGGCGUACCUGCUCCGGGCCAGCGCCAUCUGCUCCAAGCUGGGCCUGGCCUUCCUGCACACCUUCCAUGAAGUCACCUUCCGCAAGCCCACCUUCUGUGACAGCUGCAGUGGCUUCCUCUGGGGCGUCACCAAGCAAGGCUACCGCUGUCGGGACUGUGGGCUGUGUUGCCACAAACACUGCAGAGACCGUGUGAAGGUGGAGUGUAAGAAAAGGCCAGGGGCCAAGGGCGAUGUGAGCCCCCCUGGAGCCCCUGGCCCACCCACACCAGCUCCCCACGCCAGCUGUGGUAAGACCCAGGGUGUGGCAGUCCCGGGAAGGGGGCCUGGUGGAUGGGGAUUAACUUCAAGGUCACAAGGCCCUUCCCGUCGUAACCACGCCACCCACGCCCAUCACCCCACAAACAGGCACAGAGGACAAUCUCUCCUACACACUAUCCCUGGAGCCGGAGACGGGGCACCAUCUUCGCCAUGCUUGGACUCAGACAGAGCCCCCGCACCCUUCCUGGGAACCACAGACGGUGCCCCUCGAACGACGGCCCUGCCCACCCAGCCCUCCACGCUGAAUUCCUAGACCCUGCUUGGUCUGACCUCUCUCACCUCCCCCACAGUCAGUCCCAAGUCCUAUUCUUCGGCCUCCAGCAGGACCCCCAAAGGCGUCACCUCCUUCGCAUCCACACUGCCUUCAGCGAAGAGUUUGUCAUUUCUUACUCCGAAAGUUUCUUCUUGUGCAUCAGAGUGCCUACAACCUGUAUUCUGUUUUCCUGCACUUAGCAUCUGUGUGGUUUCAUGGUGGAUAUGUUUAGACCUAAGUGUCAUCUCACCGAGUCCUUACAUCUCCAUUUCACAGAUAAGGAAACCGAGGCCCAGGGAGGUUAAGCUGCUCUCUAAGGUGGCAGAGCUCCUAAGUGUUGGAGGCAGGACUCAAACCCUGGUCUUCUGUCUGCCUCUAAAACGGAAGCUCCUUACCAGUAUGCUACACUGACAGCAUGGGUCAGGAUGGGAGGGGAUAGGCUGGGCAGAGUUCCUAACUCUGGGGCUCCAGAGACAGGAGAGAAGGCUGGAGUAGAGAUGGAACAGGGAGCCUGUGAACACCUGAGUCCCUCCUCUGCUCAGAGCCCUUCCACGCCUCGGUCUCACUCGGGGAAAGCCAGAGUCCUCACUGUGGCCCACCUCCCACAAUCUAUUUGUCACCUCUCUGACCUUACCUACCACCACCCACCCCCUUACUCAUCCUGCUUCAGCUAUACUGAACCCUAUGGUCCCUGAACGUGCCAAAAAUACUCCUACCUCAGGGCCUUUGCACUGGCAGUUCCCUCUGCCUGGAGUGCUCUUCCAGAGGCCUCCAUGGCUCCCUCUUUGGGACUUAGCUCAAAUGUCACCUUCUCAGUGAGGCCCCUCUGACCAUACUCGAAGUUGCAAUCCACCCCCAGUCCUGCUUCUGUUUUCCUGCUUUGUUUUUUCCCCAAAGUCCUUUACCCAUCUGACAAACAAUACUUUUUUAUCUAUUUAUCUUGUUGAAUGUCUGCUCCUCGUCACCAGAAAUGUCAGCUCCAGGACAGCGGGGGUUUUUAUAAUCUAUACUUUUCGCUACUGUAUUCCUGGUGCCUAGAACGGGGCUGGCACAUGGUGGGCACCUGAGAACUGUUUGUCCAAUGCCGGCAUGUCUCCUUCCCUAUGCCCACAGGAAGGGAAAGAUGUGUUGCUAAAGAGCAAAGGACUAUGAGGGUCAGAGCAACAGGGGCCUGUUGAAACCCAGUGGACAUAAGACACCCCUACCCCUUCUCAAACCUGAGCACCCCUGGCCUGACCCCACAGAGACAGGUCCUACAGCUGUCAUAAAUUAAAUUUAUUUUCUAGAGAACGUGGUCCUUGCUGUUGAGUGGUGGAUGGGGGAAAGACAUCUGGGACCUUAGGAACAGAGGAUGUGGGGCCUGGGAGCCAGAUGCCAAGAUAAACUCUCAAAAUGACUCCGCGAGGAUUGGCAGAGAGGAUCCCCCCCACUUGACCACCAGUUCCCCUUUACUUCUUCUUCUUCUUGUGACCCCAGCUCUGGCGGCCUGCCUUCCGCCCACCUCCGUCCUCUCUUCUGCUCUGCCAGCUGGGCAUGGGAGCCUCCAGCUCAUUUGGACGGCCCCCUCGGUCUGGCACGUUGCCCAUAAGCACCUGAGAGUUGAUCAGAUUUGAGGUUCAGGGAAGAAAAAUGAACACGGAGACCAGAGAGCCAAGUGUGAAGGCCAAGGAUGCUGGGGCCCUUCCCGACUCCCAGGUGCCCACCUUGUUGAUGGCACAGCAGGUCCCUCGGCGGGCAGCCUUGCUGGUGGCUGGGACAAGACGAGACAGGUCCGCUCGGGCAGCCAGGACAUGUGCGAUGGAGACAUCUGAUUCUGGGCUCAGAGCCUCUCGAAUUGGGAUCAGCACUACCUUCAUGGCUUCUCCUUGGGCCUGGGGACGGAGGCAUGGAAAAGGUGCCCAAGAGCCCUCCCCAGGUGGCAUCUGCCAUCUUGGAAGCAUCUCUUUCUCCACUUAGGGUCUCACCCCCCACAUCUCUAAACAAGUGCUAUGUAUAGUUCCGAAGACACUCCCAGCUCAAAGCUGGGAAUUCUAGAAUGUCCUUGGCCUCUAGAUUUUAGAAUGCCCUGGAGGCCCUGCCAUUCUAGAGCCCCAAACCUUACAAGAAUCUAAAAACCUGGUAUAAGGAAAUAUUCCUGGCCUUCGUUCCUCCUCCCAGUACUCGUAGCCCCCAAACUGGUCCUCCCUGCUCCUGCCAAGGUCCUCUAUGCCCACACCUCUGCCCGAUCGCUCCAGUGGAAGGCAGAUGUUGUGAGGUCCAGGCGCUUGAGGAGAAGGCAGCGGCGACAGCAGUACUGAUCUCUCAGCCUUUGGCACAGAGACUCCAAUGCCUCCUGGGAAAAAGGCCUCAGUCAUGCCAGGGGUCCCCCUGACUCUCAUCUCUGGGUGAGGACGCUGUUGGCAUACAGCCACACACAGUCUUACCCAUCUGGGUGCGUCCAGCGGGUUGCUGAGGAGGGGCUGCAGGAAUCCUGGGGGCAGGGAAGGCAGCAGCUCAGAGAUCUGACGGCAGAAGGAGGAGUCUGAGGUUGACUAGGCAGAAACCAGAUGUACUUUCCGUGGAUUCCAGUUCCCCAUGGUCCUGAAGACCCAGGCGUCGGAAUCAAGAAUGGUGGUCACUGCUCUAGAAAAAUAUCCCCGUGGCUGGGGCACUCCUGCCAGAACCGCUUUUGGAGAAAGGACUCCCCUACCACAAGGAAAGUGGGGUGGCCCCGGUGCGGAAGGGACUCCAGCUCUCUACCUUGUCAUGCAACUCCCACAGCAGCCGGCUGGCAGCGGUCCCAGGCGUAGGUCUGGGCAGCCCCAGAGCUUGGAAGGUAAGGACCAGUUCCUGAACCACGUCAUCUCCCUCCUCUGCCCCUUCCCCACAGGGCGGUGCGGGGCUGGAAUCCAGCCGCGGGUACAGACGGAGGAGGCGGGCAGCCUGGAGUUCUGAACAGAGAAAGCCUAAAAGAAGGAAAAAGGAGCGGUGCAAUCAAGGAGGGCUGCCACCCGACCCACCGACCCACCGGGGUCAGAAAGUUCCAUCUGCUUCGCGCCUUCUAGUUCCGCCCACCUAGAACCCCGGCUCUACCUCCAGGAUAAGCUCCACCCACUUCGAGACCCUGUCCCCCGCUCGCACUUCGAACCCGGCCCACAUCGGAAACACCUGGCCCGCAACAGCAAACCCAACCCACUCAAACAUCAGGACUUUCUCGUCAAAAUUCUAACCCCACCACCUCCAACCCUCCGGUUCCGCCUCAAUUCUGACUGCGCCCCCUUAGGGGAACCCUGGCUCCACCCCAAGGUGCUGAGCCCGCCCCUCUAGAGGCUGUAGCCUCGCCCACUUCCGCAUCCUGGGCCAGCCCCCGGCUCACGCAGCAGGCGCAGGCACGCGCCGCGCUCCCGCAGCGCGGCCGCGCAGUCUCCGCCGCAGAGCGCGCGGUCCGGGCAAUGCAACUCCCGCAGCAGGUCGGCCAACUGUCGCAGGAAUUCCUCCUCUGCGCCGGGGCCUGCAGGAGGCGAGACACGUCAGGGCGCGGCGGCGACCUCCGCGGCCCCACCCCUCCGGGCCGCCCGCUCCACACGUACCGUCGCCGGCCCUCAGCACCUCCGCGCUCUCCUCCCGCUCCCGCUCCAGGGCGCCCAGAGUGGCCAGCUCCGCCGCCAGCCGCGCGCACAGCGCCCUGAAGUCUGGACACGAGGUGCCCAGCGACGUCGCCCCCGAGAAACCCUCAUACCUGUGGCGGGGCCGAGGCAGCGGGAGGGGGCUGGAGAGGUCAGUAGGAAUUUCUGAGGGCAAACCUGUCCCUUCCUGUGCCCCUAGCCACCACCUCCCCCCACCCGGUUCCCCUUACCCUAAGGCUUGCAGGUCCCGGGCCACAGCGACCCACUCCCGCGCUUCCGCCUCCGCCCCCUCCAUGAAAGCUUGCCUGUUCUCCAGGCGCGCGCCCCCUGCCGGCCGGAGGGAGGCCCCGCCCCAGGAGCGGCGUGCGCGCCCGGCGCCCCGCUGCGGCUCCGUCCAAUCGGCCCCUAAGGGCCUUCGGCGUUCCGAUUGGUGCAGGAGGCAGUAGGACCCGCCCCUAGACCUGCCGGCGCGGAGACCUAGAGCGCCGCCCUUCGGGUGACUCAGUCAGGACCGUGGAAUCCCCCCAGCUCUGUGAAUCCCGCGCGUGCGUUCAGGAUCCCAGCUGUCGCGACAGGCCAGCGGGUGUCGCUAUUGCUGCAGCUUAGAAACUUCGGUUUCCUUUUUCUCAUCCUCCCUCAGAUGCCCUCUGCUCUUGAAGCACCCUAGACCAAGUGUUGUCCUCCCAGCUCCGCUCCAAAUGCAGAAACUUGUUUCCACCAUUCCAACUGAGGGUUGGAAUUCUGUCAGGGACUCAGGAAGCCCGGCUCACCCCCUCACACACGCACCCCCAACAGAGCGAGGCCCUCCUUCUCAUCGAUCGCAAUGCGGGAGUUGGGCCCUCACCCCUCUGGCUCCCUAGGCCUUGGAAAGGGAGCAGGUGCAAUAUCCCGUCGUGGUUAAGAGAUUGCACCCUGGGUUAGGAUUUGGGUUUGAGUCCACCACUCACCACCUGUGUCUCCCUGCCAAAUUGCUUCCUAGCUGUACAAGGAUAAAACUAGUCGUGAGAAUGAGUCCUGUACGUACAUGUUUAGUAGACAUCCCGGGGUACUCAGUAACAACAUAUAUUGAAUAUUUUGUGUGUGCUACUAAAGCAUCUCAGAUCCAUUUUAGGGAGGAGAAACAUGAGGUUCAGAGAGGAUACCGCCGAGAGUAUGUGUGGUGGUGCCAGGACUCAAACUCAGACCUGAUCCUGAAGUCCUUGCUUUUAAUCACUUAACCUAGUACUGCUGUUAGGACCGCUUCUGUUUUUGUUGCUGUUGUUAAAAUCAUGACCUAAUCCUGCAUGCUCCUGCCUACCCCAAGGCUGGGUACUUGGGACCAUUUGUUGACUUUAACAAGACAUUAAAGAUUGCUCAAGUUGGAACCUUGGAAUCACA